AUGUCUUCAAAUCCAGUGGAUAGCGAAGUUCUGCAGGCCCUACAAACCCUGCAGAAAUAUAACUUCAAAGAAGCCGAACUUGCUCUAAAAAAAGAAGCUGGACUUACAGAUAGUGGGAUUGCAGAAGAAUUUCUGGAAUUUAAGGCUGAGACCCCAGAAGAUCCUAAAACUUUUAUAUCAGCAUAUGAACAACUUAUCCGAUUUAUUGAUACUGCGGCUGAUCAACACAAACUUGAACUUUCUUCCCUCCUAUACCCGGUCUUCGUACAGCUUUAUAUGCGCCUGGUGAGUGGAAACUUUUGCACCGAAGCCAAAUUCUUCAUGGAACGGUUUUGGCGGUUUCAGGAGGAUUAUUAUCAAGAAGAUAUCAAAGUACUAGCUUCUAUCUCCGAAUCAGACCAUCUUUUUACAAAUCCGCUCGUUGAGUCUUUUCGAGCCACGGAUUUCUAUGUCAGUAUUGCAUCUGCUUCAUAUGUUUUACUUCGCCGUUACAUACGGGAGCAUAAACUGUCCGUUUUACAAAGCGUUCUGAAGGAUCAGCUUCAUAUCGAAACUAUUGAUGGACCACCACGCUCAAAACUUCAGCUUCACUCCCGUAGAGGUGCGAUUUUUGGCGAAGCACGCCAGGACGCCAACACAGAGCCGGUUCUUUAUGGUUUGUUAAGAGAUUCUUCCGCAAGUCUUGAUUCUUCGGAACCCACAAAAAGUUCUCCAAAUGAAAAUAUGGACAGCUGUGAUGCUGAUGCUGAAUUGACUCCGUCCAAGAAAAAGAAGAAGAAAGAGGGAAGUUUUCCAGGUCAAAAACCAUCAAAGUCUGGCCCAGACGAGCCAAAAGGAGCAUAUGCAAAGUCACCGGCUAUUGAUCGUGUCCCCCUGCCAAAAUUGAGCAAAACGUACCUCGAUCGUAGACGUUUUCUGCGCCGAGAGAUAUCCUCGUUAAGACGUAGUGCUCUGCAGCAGGACAGUGAUCCGGGCACCACCGCUAUCUUUUAUACCGUUUGCAAUGCACAAGCUGGGGAGUCAGCUCUUGCCAUCCGUCGUGGUGGCGUCCCCAGUAUGUCCUUCUCCGAGGACCUUAGCCUACUGGCCGUUGGUUUCGGUUCGGGCAGGAUUCGCGUCUGGUCACUGGGUGCUGAGUCUCUGCGUCAGAUGAUGCCUCCAGACGAACUAGCACUUCUUGACAUGGAUGACGACCGCAUACGGAGUAAGAUGCUGCACGACGAGAAUGAGUAA